AUGCAUAACGAAGAAAAACCUGGAAGCUUACAUUUUGAUCUAAACACGGGAGCUAAGAUUCCAUCUGUUGGCCUUGGAACAUGGAAGGCUGAACCGGGUGUGGUCGGCCAAGCUGUCAUCGCUGCUGUCAAGAAUGGCUACAGGCAUAUUGACUGUGCAUCAAUCUACGGUAACGAAAAAGAGGUAGGGGUGGCAUUGAAGGAAUUAUUUUCCACUGGGGUGGUGCAGCGUAGUGAACUCUUUAUCACAUCAAAGCUGUGGUGCAGCGACCAUGCCCCUGCAGAUGUCUCCAAGGCACUGAGCAAGACCUUAGAAGACCUGCAGCUUGACUACAUUGAUCUAUAUCUUAUACACUGGCCGCUUUGUACAAAGCCGGGCUCAGAGGGUUUGGCUCCGGAAAACAUGGCUCCAUUGUGCCUUUCAGAGACAUGGAAUGCAAUGGAGGGCCUGUAUGCAUCUGGUCAGGCACGCGCAAUUGGGGUGAGCAACUUCUCAUCUAAGAAGCUGCAAGACCUCCUUUCUUAUGCAAAAGUUCCACCUGCAGUAAACCAAGUGGAGUGCCACCCUGUGUGGCAACAACCUGCUCUUCACAAUUUGUGCAAAUCCGCUGGUGUUCAUCUAUCGGCAUAUUCUCCUCUGGGUUCUCCAGGCUCUUGGAUGAAGGGGGAGGUCCUGAAGGAACCAAUAUUGAAUGAAAUCGCUGAAAAACUUAAGAAGUCGCCUGCGCAAGUAUGUCUUCGUUGGGGUAUUCAGAGUGGACACAGUGUCCUUCCAAAGAGCGUAAACGAAAAUAGGAUCAAGGAAAAUCUAAGUUUAUUUGACUGGUCCAUUCCCCCAGAGCUCUUCUCAAAAAUUUCAGGCAUCCACCAGCAAAGGCUCCUCCGGGGUGAUUUUGCAAUCCACGAGACGGCUAGUCCUUAUAAAAGCCUUCAAGAACUAUGGGAUGGUGAAAUAUGA